AUCCAUCACAAUGGCUGUCGGACGCAGCGCCGCUCUCAAGCUCGACUGGACCAAGAUUGGCACGCAGCUGGGCCUCAAGGGCAGCACCGCUGCCUCUCUCCAAGCCUUCAAGAAGCGCAACGAUGACGCGCGCCGCAAGGUCCAGAUGCUCUCCGAGCAGCCCCAAACCGUAGACUUCGCCUACUACCGCUCCGUCCUCAAGAACACCGCCAUUGUCGACGAGAUUGAGAGGAGCUUCAAUGCCUUCAAGCCCCAGACCUACGAUGUGAACAGGCAGAUCAAGGCCAUCGAGGCGUUCGAGGCCCAGGCCGUGAAGAGCGCCGAGGAGACCAAGAGCGUGGUUGACAAGGAGUUGAGGGAUCUGCAGAAGACGCUGAAGAACAUUGAGGAGGCAAGGCCAUUCUCUGACCUCACUGUGGACGAGGUUGCUGCUGCUCAGCCCGACAUUGACAAGCGCACCGAGCAGCUUGUAUCGAAGGGCCGCUGGCACGUUCCGGGUUACAAGGAGAAAUUCGGCGAUUUGUCCGUUCUAUAGACAGUUUUCUCAUAUUGCCAACAUUACCCCGAUAUGGCUUGUACUACGUAUUGUGAAUAGCGACAAGGUCUCAAUGGCAUUUUAGAUCCAAUUCGCGCUUCCACCUCUCCUCGUUUUCACCCCAUUUUCACAGAUUGCUUUGCUGCGACCCUUGAAGUAAACUGGACGUCCUAGUAUUAUCCAUGAUAUUUUAGACGGUGUCAAGGAUUCCUUCCCCUCUCCCCUGUGCCACAGUAUAUAAGUGGACGGGAUUAACAUUCUGUUAUUACUCGGGUACAUUAUAGUCACAGUCGGUAGUGACAUUUUCCAUCGUCUC